GGAGCCAUAGAAACAAUUGCAGUUUCGUUUCUCCUUCUUGCUUCUUAUAUUCUUUCCGUGGCAACAUAAUCCAGAGGGAGGAAACAUAUUUCUUAUUUAAGCGCAUUAUAUAUCCUCAUAUGUCAUUACUAACAUCUAGUUCUGUUCUCUUACACCUGCCCUCCUGUUGUGUUACCUGCUCUUCUCUCCAAAUGUACAGUUCUCCCGGCAUCUCCCAAAUCAUGACUAUUCCAAGUUGGAUAAAUGCCAGUUACCAAUCCAGAGGGUGCAGUUCCAGGGCCCCCCACUCCCUACUGAAAGGAAUUGUGUGUUUCUGGCAAGUUAAAUACACACUGAGUUCUGCAUCACUCAUUGACACUCGCCCUCCUGUUGUGUUACCUGCUCUUCUCUCCAAAUACGUCGAGGCACCAGAGAUAUUUGGGGAAAUCCACGAAAUGGCAGAGAGGAAGAAAUCGGUGGUGCCGGGAGCCUUAAUCCCUGGCAGAUACAGUUUCACAGUGAGAAGCAACUACUUCACCGUUCACGAUUCUUUCGCUUCCAUUGGGGAGGAUCUGGCUCAGAGUUUAACUCAAGUUCUCCUGUUGGUGUCGGAGGUGGUUAUGUUGGCCGGCAGUGCAGCCUCCAGUGUUUUGUUUUUUCUGGCCGAUAUUGUUAAGAUUCUGAGCAAAGCUGUUACCCCCCUGCUGCAUAUUGGACUGACCCUGUGCCACCUGCUCUGGCUCAUGGUCCUAUCCAUCAUUAUUUUGCUCAAAUACUCUCUGGGCAUGUUAGAAGCCCCCAGCUUGGCAUGGAACACACAGACAUCACCCCAAAAUAAUAAAGAUGAAAAGCAAAUCUUCCUCACUAAAGAUGGGCACACAUUGACCGACCCUAGACGGUAUCUCACUGAUUGGUCUGCUGCCCCAACAAAUGGAUUCCUCAAUGGCCAACAAUACAUAGGAAAGGAUAAAAGCUAUUUUUUCACUUAAAGGUGUAGUUUACCUUUAAAUUGGCAUUUAGCAUGUUGGCUCAGUCUAAGCAACUUUUCAAUCGGUCUUCAUUUUUUCUUUUUUUUUAUAGUUUUUGAAUGAUUUGCCUUCUUCUUCUGACUCUUUCCAGCUUUCAAAGGGGUUCACUGACCCAUCUAAAAACAAAUGCUCUGUAAGGCUAAAAAUGUUUUUAUUAAUCACCUUUGUAUUCGGCCUCACCUAUUCGCAUUUCAGCCUGUUAUUCAUAUCAAUGCAUGGUUUCUGGGUAAUUCGCACCCUAGCAACCAGAUUUCUGAAAUUACCAACCGGAGAGCUGCUGAAUAAAAAGCUAAAUAACUCGAAAAUAAUAAAAAAUCAAAACCAAUUUCAAAUUGUCUCAGAAUAUCACUCUCAACGUAAUACUUAACGUUUAUUUAAAGGUGAACAACCCCUUUAAUCAGCAUUUAAUCAUUCAUUAAAUUAGCCCUGCAUUAAUCCUGCCAUGUGACCCAUAGGUAUAAUAUAUGAUAUUAUUUCAUGCACCCUACUAUAUGUUCUGGCAAGUUGGCACUGUAUUUAUCCUGGGGUAUUGUAAAUAAAAGAGAAAAUGCAUUGAUUCUA